AAAUUGAAAUGCAAGAAAAGAGAGAAAAAGAUCUCUCCAUUUUCUCUCGCUCAAUUUCUCAGAUUCGCUUUCGUUCCUUGUUCUCCCUUUUCUGGUUCUCGAAGACACUUCUUUCCUUUUAUCGGGCACGAUGUUAUAAUUACAUUGUUGUUUAAGGCACCCAGGCAUUCCACUUUCAGAUUCGCUGUUUUUUCUUUUUUGGGUAAUGAACUUCUUCUAGCAGGAGAACUCUGUAACAUUCCGAUGAUAUGGCAUUGAAGAGGGGAUUAUCUGGUGUAGGCUACCCUAUUGUGGUUCUCGUGUUCUGUUCAUUUCUGGGCCUGUACAGCUCUACUUCAAUUGAUCAUAGUGAUUUUUCAACCACUUCAAGUAAGCAGGAGUUAGAUUGGAGAGAGAGGCUUUCUUUGCAACAUUCUAAACCUUUGUUGACAACAAAGGUAUUUGAUGUCAUCAAAGCCAGUGCAGAUGAUUUAGGACCUUUCAGUCUCGACUCAUUCAGAAAGAAGAAUUUGUCUGCAUCAUGGCAAUCUGUCGGCGAAGAAAGCUUGGCCAAGAGCAAUACAAAUAAUGUAGAGGGAAAUGAGCCAAAUCAGAUAGCUGCAUAUGUCAAAACAGAGAUCUCCAGAGGCAAACAGGAUGAUCUUGUAGAUGAUGAUCAUUCCCAGUUUUUGGAUGCACCUGCUUUUUUGGCCAGAAGGCAAUUGAGAGAGAGGAGACGCGAAAAGCAUGCUGCUGCUUUAGUGAAACAAGAUGAUGAGGUAACCGUAAAGCUUGAAAAUGCUGCCCUUGAACGCUCUAAGUCAGUUGACUCUGCUGUGCUGGGGAAGUAUAGCAUAUGGAGGAAAGAGAAUGAAAAUGAGAAUACUGAUUCAAAGGUACGCUUGAUGCGGGACCAAAUGGUUACGGCAAGGCUGUAUAUAAGCAUUGCAACAAUGAAGAAAAAGAUUGGCUUGGCUCAAGAGUUAGAGAAUCGGCUUAAAGAAAGUCAGCAUGCAUUAGGUGAAGCAACAUCUGAUGCUGAUCUAACUCGCAGUGCACAUGAGAAGAUUAAAUCAAUGGACCAAGUGCUUUCAAAAGCUAAAGAGCAGCUCUAUGACUGCAAGCUUGUCACUGGGAAGCUGAGAGCAACGCUGCAGUCUGCCGAUGAGCAAGUUAGAAGUCUGAAGAGGCAGAGCAUAUUUUUGAGCCAAUUAGCUGCAAAGACUAUUCCAAAUGGUAUCCACUGCUUAUCCAUGCGUCUGACUAUUGAUUAUUACCUCCUCCCUCCUGAAAAAAGAAAGUUCCCUAGACGUGAGAAUCUGGAAAAUCCCCGUCUUUUCCAUUAUGCCCUAUUCUCUGACAAUGUUUUGGCUGCUUCAGUUGUUGUCAACUCAACUAUCAUGAAUGCUAAGGAACAAGCAAAACAUGUAUUUCAUCUUGUCACUGAUAAGUUGAAUUUUGGAGCUAUGAAUAUGUGGUUCUUGCUGAACCCUCCUGGAAAAGCUACAAUCCAUGUUGAAAAUGUAGACGAGUUCAAGUGGCUUAAUUCUUCAUACUGUCCUGUCCUACGGCAGCUAGAGUCUGCUGCUAUGAAGGAGUACUAUUUCAAGGGUGCACAUUCCACCACGCUAUCAACUAGUUCUUCUAAUCUGAAGUACCGGAAUCCCAAAUAUCUUUCAAUGCUCAAUCACCUCAGAUUUUAUCUUCCUCAGAUUUAUCCCAAAUUGGAUAAAAUCCUUUUUCUUGAUGAUGAUAUUGUUGUUCAGAAAGACUUGACGGGACUAUGGUCUGUAAAUCUUCAUGAAAAAGUAAAUGGUGCUGUUGAAACAUGUGGUCAGAGUUUCCACCGUUUUGACAAGUAUCUAAAUUUUUCAAAUCCCCAUAUUGCCAAAAACUUUGAUCCAAAUGCUUGCGGGUGGGCAUAUGGGAUGAACAUCUUUGAUCUGAAGGAGUGGAAGAAGAGAGAUAUUACUGGUAUUUAUCACAAGUGGCAAAACAUGAAUGAAGACAGGGUCCUCUGGAAGCUAGGGACACUACCUCCAGGGCUAAUGACAUUUUACGGGCUUACACAUCCGCUGAAUAAGUCAUGGCAUGUUCUAGGUUUGGGUUACAGCCCAAGCAUCGAUAGGUCAGAAAUUGAGAAUGCAGCUGUGAUACAUUACAAUGGGAACAUGAAACCAUGGCUAGAGUUGGCAAUGACAAAGUACAGGUCAUACUGGGCAAAAUAUAUUAAAUUUGAUCAUCCAUACAUUCGCAGCUGCAAACUAGGUGAAUGAAGGAGUGAUGAAUUUAAAAGUGCAGUUUGGUCUGCUCUGCAUAGUCACAUUUCUAUGACCGUCUUGACAGAAGAGCUCCAUAUACAGCUAUGUUCUUGUCUCCGUUUUGAAACAACCCCCUUGAUUCUUUAUUCUUCGCCUGAUUCACUUGUAUUCGUUUUUCGGUUCUGAUGUCUGCUGCCUUUUUCACCAGCAACCAAUCCUUUUGCAUGGAGAUGUAUGAUUAGGGUGAAGGAGAGUUUGUAAUAUUCUGAUUCAGUAUAUUCUUUGAACAAUAACUGGUGUGUAUUGUUGAAUUAAAUCGAAGUGGCUCGUGCAAGUUUAGCCACUUAGAUGAUGCUGUAUUUUGCAUUUCUGGAGUUGAAGGAAUAUAGUUUCUUCUUAUGUUUCAUGAUCCUGAAGAGGAGCCUUGGCGCAAGGAUCAAAGGUGCCACUAUGUGACCAGGAGGUUAUGGGUUCGUCGCGGAAACAACCUCGUGAAGAAAUGCAAGGUUAAGGCUGCGUACCUAAGACCCCAAUGUGGUCCGGCCCUUCUCGGGACCUCAUGUGUAACGGGAGCCUAGUGCACCAGAAUGCCCUUUUAUGUUUCAUGCUCCAUUAGGAGAUAUCCUCUAGAUUAGGUUUGAGGUUUGUCUUCUCAAACUAUAUCAUAUCUUUGAUUUUGUUUCCUCUGCUAAAUAGAUCAUGAUAUUUUUUUCUGUGCUAAAUAUUGUGAUAGUGAUUCUGAUGAUCUAUUUAUUUCAACUUGUUACACAAGGUUAUAACU